CGAGACAGAUGGGACAGCAGGCUACUCUCGGGACACUUUAACCAGCUCACCUCAGAGCGCUCGGCAAAACAAGACAAAAGAAACAUAGGACAGAGAAAAGACCCACAACUUCCAGAAGAAAUAAACACAUCUUUCUUCAUUUUCUUGCAUAGAGAAGUUCAGAAAAACUGAUACCUUCUGACGGGGACGGACAUUUGUAAAAACUGACUUAAGGAUGCAGGACGGGAGCUGGAAUGACACACUCCCCAUCUCUCUGCUAAUGAAAGAGGCGUGUCCUCCAGGGGGUGUAUCUUUAGAGGGGGAUGGGGGCAUGCUUUCAGUGCCACCUCUUGAUGGCGAGGUUUACUUGGACUCAGUGGCUGAGCUUGAAAGUGGGGAUGGGGACUUUUCAGAACUUUCUGCUUUCCUGAGCCAGGACGAGAUCAGCCUUAGUCUGGACCUGGCUCGUGAGGCCAUGAGUGAUGUAGAUGACCCAAAUGACCAAGAUGAACCCCCUGUUCCCAGCGAGCACCUGCCCCAUUCCUCAGGAACCAAAGACACUGCUCUCCCAGAUUCAGCAUCUCAGUCAACUGAUACCACAUCAAUUAAAGUCACAUCCAAUCAGAGCAUGCCACUCAGCAGGCCUAACCAGCGCUCCACUACUCUUACAUCACCCGAAAAGUUUGUCUGCCAAAAAUCCAUCACACCAGUAUAUAAGCAGGACCGUCCCCGGCUGGUUCACAGAGGACUAGAGCUCAACGAACGAGCUGCUUCAGCUACUGAGUUCUGCAGCCGAGCUGCUACCUUCAUUGAGGAGCUCUCUUCCAUCUUCAAAGGCUCCACACGUGUGGACCAGCAAGGUGAUGAAGAAUCCUCUUCACCUGACAGUGGCUACUUGUCUCCAAGGAGUCAUCGGCUGGCCAUGCAGCAGGCUCAGCCACCUUCAUCCUCUUCAUCUCAGCUCCAGCAGGAAAGUACGCACCAGGGACUGGCUGAUGUUGGGUCAGAACAGCAUCUGGGCCGAGGGGUAAGUCUAGAUGGUCCCAUGGCUCCUCCACACUUCACCCAGAAACUGAAGAGCCAGGAAGUGGCAGAAGGAAGCCCUAUUCGCCUUGAAUGCAGAGUGACUGGAAACCCCCUUCCACUAGUCAGGUGGUUUUGUGAGGGGCGGGAGCUGCACCACUGCCCUGAUAUCCAGAUCUGUCGUAAUGGUGACUUGCACACUCUGGUGAUAACUGAAGCAUUUGAAGACGACACUGGCAGGUACACCUGCGUAGCUUCCAACGCACUGGGAGCAGACAACACCUCUGCAGAGGUCUAUAUUGAAGGCACUUCUUCCUCAGACUCAGAAGGAGAAGGAUCUGUGUCGAAGUCUAGGUCCGGAGCCAUGCCACAGGCACAGAAGAAAACCAGCUCAGUUUCCUUGAUGAUCCACACAUCAUCACCAAAGAGCCCAGAUGCCCAACCCCGUCGCUCCACACUGGUCCAGCCGCUUUCUUCUACACCACAGAGAGUCCAGAGUCCAGUUUCUUCACUCUAUGCUGGUGAUGCUCCUGUUAAAGCACCUCCUACCUUUACUAAGAUGUUGCAGGAUGCGCAGGCAUCUGAGGGUCAGGUGGUGGUCCUGGAGUGCCGGGUGAGAGGUAGUCUUCCUCUGUGUGUCCAGUGGUUUCGAGAGGGCCAGGAGAUCCAAGACUCCCCUGACUUCCGCAUCCUGCAGAAGAAGCCCAGAUCCGCAGCAGAACCUGAGGAAAUCUGUACUUUGGUGAUUGCGGAGGCGUUCCCUGAAGACGGAGGUCUAUUCUGCUGCACUGCAGCUAACCAGUACGGCUCAGUUAAUAGCACUGCACAACUCACUGUCACCCCAGUUGUUGAAGAGUUGCCCAGCAACGGCGUCUCUGGGGAUGAUAGUGUGUUUGAGGACAACCAAUCGUUCCCGCCUCCUCCUUCGACUGAGAUUAGUUUGUUGGAAGUCCCACCCAAAACCCCGUCGAGUGCAGAGGCCUUCCAGAUCAAUGAGCUGGACAUCUGGCCCAGGGUCACUGCGCUGCCUGUUCAGGUCUCCACCGAUAAAGAGCCCCAUGAAAGUCUAAAUGACAGACCUCUACAAAAUGGUCAGACCUUAAACAAGCCACCAGAUGAAAGUCUACCAUCACCUUCAAGUGUGAAGGAACCAGUGGCUCCGCCUCCAUCACCUUUAACGGUUAAGGCUCCACCCCUCCCCAUCAAACCCAAACCUAAACUAUCAGAUGAGCAAGCAGACGACCUCUCAAAUGAAAGAAACGCAGCACAACUGAAGCAACUUCAGGAUCAGAUCCUUCUCGAGCAGCAACAGCAGCUUCCCCCUCCUCAGGAAGUCCCGUCUCCAUCUCCACCUCUCCCACCUCCUCCAUCCUUCCAGGAGCUGGAGAGUAGCACCAUGCAGACAAGCACCUUCAACUACGCCCGGCCCAAGCAGUUCAUUGCUGCGCAGAGUCCAACAACAAGAGGGGGAACGAUUGGAUACAGCACGCAGUCCUCGACCUCCUCAAGCUCCAGUCCGAUGUCCCCCACAACAUCCCACAAACCCUUCAGCCGCGUCACACUUCCACCCUUCCAGCAGCAGCCUCCACUGUCUAAAGGAAGCAGCGUGGAGUCUCCCAGCUCGCCUUCUUUCCCGCCACCCCCUCCGCCCUUUCUCAGCUCCAGCACUUUAUCCUCUCCUGCUGGCUUGCCACAAGACUUCCCUCCUCCACCUCCACCGCCCCCACCACCUGUCACGCUGAGCCCCACUCGCUCAGACACCUCCUCGCCAUUCACGUCCACUCCCCAAUCACCAGCUGGGUUUCUGGUGUCUUUGCUCCCAGGCACACCACCUCCACCACCAGUGAAUGUGUUGGGUCUGCCCAAGGGUAAUGGCACAGUAUCUUUGCCACGUAAGACUACACCCCGCACACCACGUAUCUUCUCUGAUUCAGAGAUCCAGGGCUCCAAAGACGCCGUCAUACAAGACCUGGAGAGAAAACUACGCUUCAAAGAGGAAAGACUUAGCAAUGGACAGCAGAGGUUAACCUAUGAGGAGAAGAUGGCUCGUAGACUGCUGGGGGCUGACAAUGCUGCCACAGUGUUUAACACACAACAGGUGGAGGAGGAGCCAGUUACACAGGAAUGCAGCUCAGCUGACUCAGAGUCUGUCCCUCAAAAGGAGUAUAAAGUGUCCAGCUUCGAGCAGCGGUUGAUCAGCGAGAUUGAGUUCCGUCUGGAGCGCUCACCUGUGGAGGAAUCUGACGAUGAUGUUCAGCAUGAUGAAGACACACUCGCGGAGGUUGCACCAUUCUUCGACCAGAAGCUCAGGCAUUACAAAGUCUUCGAGGGAAUGCCUGUGACCUUCAGCUGCAAGGUCAUCGGAGACCCAAAGCCAAAGGUGUACUGGUUUAAGGAUGGAAAGCAGAUCUCAAAGCGCAGUGAACACUACCGUAUCAGUCGUGAUCCGGAUGGCACAUGCUCCCUGCACACAGCGGCUGCCUCGCUAGAUGAUGAUGGGAACUACACCGUUAUGGCAGGCAACCCAGCGGGGAGAGUGAGCUGUACUGGAAGGAUGAUGGUCCAGGCCGUGAACCAAAGGGGGAGAAGUCAGCGCUCCACACCUGGACACAUCCGCAGACCACGCUCAAGGUCCAGAGACAGCGGUGAUGAGAAUGAGAACAUUCAGGAACGUCACUUCCGCCCUCAUUUUUUGCAGGCCCCCGGCGACCUUAUCGUGCAAGAGGGUAAACUCUGCCGCAUGGACUGCAAGGUUAGUGGCCUGCCAACUCCUGACCUCAUCUGGCAGCUGAAUGGCCAGACCAUCCGUCCAGACUCCUCCCACAAGAUGCUGGUGAGGGAGAACGGGGUUCAUUCAUUGGUCAUCGAACCUGUCACAAGCAGAGAUGCAGGAGUUUACACGUGCAUCGCCAGCAACAGGGCUGGACAGAACUCAUUCAACCUAGAGCUCAUUGUUGCAGCCAAAGAGAUGCAUAAAGCUCCAUGCUUCAUUGAGAAACUCCAGAACACAAGUGUUGGUGAGGGUCACCCAGUGCGUCUCGAGUGCCGUGUGUCUGGAGUCCCAUUCCCACAGAUCUUCUGGAAGAAAGAGAACGAGUCCUUCACUCACAACACCGACAGGAUAAGCAUUCACCAGGACAACUUUGGUUACCUCUGCAUGAUCAUCCAGCCGGCUCUGAAGGAAGAUGCAGGCUGGUACACGGUUUCAGCUAAGAACGAAGCCGGGAUCAUCUCCAGUACGGCACGUCUCGAUGUACACGCCCAGUGGCAGCAGACUCACACUCCGAAGCUCAAGAAGGUGCGUCCAUCAGCGAGCCGCUACGCCGCUCUGACAGAACGGGGUCUGGAUGUGAAGGCAGCCUUCUUCCCAGACGCCAAUCCUCUUCCUCCCGGCACCCUAGUGGAGAGUGAUGACCUGUAGAGACUAGAUCUGGAUCUGACCUUCGAAUCCCGAUCCCUUGAUCCAGUGUACUCCAUAAUCCCCACCCAUUUCUCAACAUAAACCUGGGGUCAGAUGAAAAGUGAUCGAUUGACUUUGGAUGGCGAGGGAGGAAGCUGCGAAGCAUUUCAUUAUCAUUACAUCUCUGCCUGAGGAGGACCAUUCACUAUACUUUUAUUUCAGUUGUUUUCUGAGGGGAAGUGUUGUGGGUGAUUAAGCGAGGUCAUAUCCUGCUUACUGGUUCGCUGACGCACUUAACCUACACACACACACACACACACACCAGCACGUGCUUUGAGGAAGGAGGUAGUAUAUCGAUGAUCACCUUGUUUUUCAUCUCUAGAUUUUACAAGUGCCUAAGAAAUAUUUAAUUUUCAAAUUAAAUGUAAAAUAAUAAUAAUUAAAUAACUAUUCAAGUUACUAUCAUCUAGCUGUGCAUGUUACUAUGGUGCCAACACAUUACACAUUUUAUGUAUUUAGUUAUAGUGCCUUAGACCUAUAGAUAUUUAUGAAACGCUGGAAGAAAUGUCUUCCUCUCCAGCACAGGAAACAGGACUCUUUUGGGGUGGUUUGGUUGGGGGGCUGGUUCUCUGGAUGAAGGGAACAGGGCUGUGGAAAGAUGGACACACCUAAAACUCCAUGGACCUCAUCGUCCCUGGAGCUUCAGUGUCCUUGAAAGGCAACGUAAUUAUCAGAUGCACAGUGGCAUAGACAGAAGCUGCAUCUGGAUCUCAGCUCCAAUGCAGAGAUGUCACACAAGGCCGGGCCUUAAUGAGAUUUUCCCACCGUCUUUUUAGGAGAGAUAAAAAGCAGAGACUGAUGUGUCAUUAACAUGAGUGAUGAGAGUUUUGCAAGUGUUGGCUGACUGACAGGUUUGGACAGAUGUGCGUUGUGUUUCCGUGGAUGUGAUGAGGAAUGCCUAUGAUGGAAGUACAGGAAGCAGAAUCGGCUCAUGCAUGUUUGUGGAGGACGGGCUGAUUGUGGAUGAAGGCAAAUUUAUACGAGUAUUACUGAUUUUAAUGAUGAUGGUGCAUGGAAUGAUGAGAUGGUAAUGCUUUGACAGGUAGGCUUCAGUUUUUAGGUUUGGAAUUACAGAAACAUCCAAAGAUGUGAUACUGUUUUAUAUUUCAUUGACUUUUAAGUAACUCACACAUAUUCCGUCUUGCAACGCAUUUGUUAAGAUAUUAGCGUUCUCUAAACAUUUUCUUUGAUCAGUCGAGUAUCAAAUACUCAGUUCACAUAGUUUAGCCUUCAUCUCGUACACAGUUGCAACAUAUAUACAAAACAAUAUAGCAUAACAAUAUACACAAUAUAAGCCUGUGAUUUGAAUAUGCUUUUUUUUCUUACAUAGCUGUUUAUCCUUUAAACAGACAGAUAUGAGGAGGUUCUUACUUUGCGGUAUUUUCUGUUUUCCAAGCCAACCUGUGCCUGUAUACGAACUGUUCUCCUUAUUCUGUUCUGGUUUAUGAAUGGUAAAAUAAAUAAACAUCUCUGAAAUAACUGA